GUCGAGAGGUCGUUCACAUUCACUUCUCAUCCAAUCAAAAAUUUAUCAAAACAUGAUCAUCCACACAAACAAUUAUCAAAACACCACUACUCCAACAGAAACACGACAUAUCACCGUCCAAGUUAUCUGUCCUGAUGGAACCCAACCAUUGUUCUUUAAACUCUCAAAAACUACAAAACUGAUCAAAAUAUGUGAUACCAUUGCAGAAAACUAUGGUAUAAGUCGAGAUAGACAGGCUUUUAGACUUCAAUUUUUGGGCGAGACUUUGAUACUAGAUGGUUCAACACCUGAAGAUGUAUGUCUUCUCUUUUUAAAUUUCUUUAUUGAUUGAAACUGAGACUAAUCUGAUCUUGUUCUUUCGUGGCAGAUGGGCAUGGAAGACGGAGCUUGUAUCUAUUUGUUUUGGAUCAAGAGACUGGGAACAGCUGUCGGACCAGAAGGCGGAAUUAUUACCAUUGGAGUCAAGUAGCCUGAUAAGAUUCAACCUUUGACCUUCAAAAUCAACAAAACUUCGAAACUCGGAAAAAUAUAUGAUUACUUGGAAGGAAGCUUUCGUGACCGUGGAAUUCAAAAGAAUUUCAAACUUGACUUUCUUGGUCAGACUUUAGUUCCACAUCAAACAUCGCCUCGAGAUAUGGAUAUGGAAGAGGGCGAUUUUAUGCAUUUAGUUUGGGCUGAUGAGCCGGUCCCAGUUAUUGAACCUCCAAGACCAGGUCUUACCCUCAGGAUCAAGCGUAAGUCCAAGUGGUUUAAAUUCGAAAUCUGGAUAAUCAAAUUAUUUGAGGCGGAUUCAACCCUUGGACAUCAUCUUUACAAGAUAUGAAUGAUUUUUGGAUUGGAUUGUGAUGCCAGAACUUCGUCAAGACCCAUCAUCUUCAAGGCUAAUUCCUGAUGAGAAUGAUGGAUUGUCAUUAAAAGUUCGACCAACUGCAACCUUUAAAUACAUAUAUCAGGGAGUUGCAAAAUAUUACGGUGUCAGUGAAGGUGGAAAUCCUUUUAGACUUGUGUUUGAUGAUCGUCUUAUACAUCCAAACGAUUCAACACCCAAAGAUAUGGGGCUGGAAGAUCAAGAUUGUGUGCAUUUGAUGUGGAUUGCGAUGCCAGGCGCAGUUGUUGCAGC